CACUGUUUUAUUUGAUGGGUGUUCCUUAGAUGAUCAGUGUUGGAUUGUGCAUUGGAUCAUCAAUUUCAUUUUGGAGCCAUUGGACUUUACUCUGUCUUGGGCAAUCAAUUUAUUGUUGUGGAGUAGUUGCUUAAUUCUGCUGGAGGAUGGAUUUGAGGGGGAUUCCAUCUGUUAAAUCGCAGAAGGUUUCCCCAGGUAUUAUCACAGCUCUGACGUCAGCUGUUCUUGAAUGGUUGUUGUUGUCUAUGCUGUUUAUUAAUGCAAGUUUCUCCUACUUGAUUACGAAAUUUGCCCGCUAUUGCGAAUUGCAAAUUCCAUGUUUGUUAUGCUCCAGACUUGAUCAUGUUUUGGGAAAUGAAGAAGUGGGAUUUUAUUGGGAUUUGAUCUGCGGCAAUCAUAAGUUCGAAAUCUCAUCUUUAGUUCUUUGUCGAGCUCACUGUAAACUGGUUGAUGUUCAUGGAAUAUGUGAAAGUUGCCUCUUCUCGUUUGCUGCAAUAAAUAAGUCUAAUGCUGAAACAUACAGAUUAUUGGUGGCCAAGUUGGGGGAUGACGUAGGGCUUGAUCAGGACCCAUUACUCGGAGAUCAUAUUCUUGGUUCUUCAGAUAUAAGAACUUGUUCUUGUUGCAAUGAGCAAUGGACUUCUAGAGGUUAUGCCCCAAAGUUGCUUCAGGCUAAAUCAAAUGGUUUUGAGACUGCUGAACUUGAUGCAGCCUUAUCUGUAACUGUUGCACAUAAUAGGGAUGAUCUGAAAAAGACCAAGGAUGAAUCAUCUGUGUCACUUCGAGCUUCCCCAGUAAAAAAGAACUCCAUUGAUCCUUUGCCUCAUAUAGAAUACACGAAAGUCAAGGUUACCUCUGACACUGAAUCAGAAGCUCCAUUCUCCGAUGAUGACAGUGCUAGUGCAUUAAUUCGUGAAUCAGAGGAACCCCAGGAAGAUGGCACUGUUCACUGCGUGCAGAUGGAAGCUCAGAUUAAUACUCUAACUGAUGGUUUGACUUCAGAGAAAUUGAUACACCUGGAUUCUGUUCCUGAGCCUUCACUUUUAGAGUCUGAGGUGCAGCUGAAAGUUACCAAUACUCAUGGGGGUGUAGCCUCUGCCUCAGCUGUUGGGCAUGGAUUGGAGGAACUUAAUUGGCAAUCAAGUGAAGAUAAGGCCAAUGUUUGUGUAGCAUCUCAGCUCAUAUCAUUUUCUGAGGCUGCUCCGUUAAACAGUGGUACCGGCACAUUUGUUGAAGCAUCAGCGGAGACGUUAGAUGCUGCUAGAACAGGUCAAGUGGGGAAGAAGCUUGCUAGUGGGAGAGGAGAAAUUUCUAAGGCAGGAAGUGAGUUGAUGACAAUUGACAUAUGCUCAGAAUUAAACCCUGCAACAAGUGAUAGUGGUACCCAGAUGUCCAAUUUUAUGGAUCUUGGUGAUGCUUAUAAGCUAGCUGUUGGCAAUAGGGGAAGACAGUUGUCUGGAAAGCUUUUGGAACAAAGGUCUCUCAAGGAUUCUGCAAGACUUAGUGAAGAUUUGAAGCUCCUGUUGUCACAAAUAUCUGCUGCUCGAGGGAUCGACUUAACACUCAAUGAUAUAAGCCCUAGAGUGUCCGGAAAUGGUGAGGAAUGGAAAAGUUCUGAUACUUCUAGCUCUAUUGGUAUGCAGAUACUACAAAGGAGAAUAUCACUUGAGAGAAAUGAGUCUGGUUUGUCUUUGGAUGGAAGCACUGUUAGUGAAAUUGAAGGCGAAAGUGUAGUCGAUCGCUUAAAACGACAGGUCGAGCAUGACAGAAAAUUAAUGGGUACUUUGUAUAAGGAAUUAGAAGAAGAGAGAAAUGCUUCUGCAGUUGCUGCAAAUCAAGCAAUGGCCAUGAUAACUAGAUUACAAGAGGAGAAGGCAGAACUCCAUAUGGAAGCCUUGCAAUACCUAAGAAUGAUGGACGAGCAAGCUGAGUAUGACGGUGAAGCACUUCAGAAAGCAAAUGACCUUCUUGCAGAGAAGGAGAAAGUGAUACAAGACCUUGAAGCUGCGAUUGAUCUUCACAAGAAGUUUGGGGGUGUAUCAAAUUUGGAAAAUAUGGUGGAGCCAACUUGUGAUUUGAAGUCAGAAGAAAUGAGGGCAGGGAAUGCAAAUGCACAUUGUGCCAAAAAUAUUGUUGGAGCCACCAAGUUGUUUGGGGAUGAGAACAUAAAUGCAACGAAGAACUCAUUUUUUGGGGUUGAAGAUGAAAGAUCAUAUAUUUUGCAAUGUUUGAAGAAAUUGGAGAAAAAGCUUGAUCUAUUUUCAAAAAAUGGAGUUCACUUGGACAUGUAUAGUGGUGAAGAUGAGCAUUACUGUGGACAAAAUUCACAAGAAAAUGGUGCAACAGAAGAGAACGAUUUGAAGAAAGAUACUACCACAAAUGGACCAAUCCCUCAUGCUCAAGGAGGAGGUCUCUCCUCAUGUGAGGACCCCAAAUGUAUGGGUCAGGAAAGUAGUGAAAUCAUUUGUGAUGGGCAAAACUUAUCUGGAGCAUGUGCCGAUACAGCAUUUGAGUUUUCUGACCUGGUUGAAAGAUUGGAAACACUUGAGGUGGACUGUAGUUUUCUUGAGCACUCUAUUAGCUCACUCAGAAACGGGGAGGAGGGACUUAAAUUUAUUCAGGAGAUAGCUUGUCACCUGCGAGAAUUACGUAUGGAUGGGAUUAGAAGAAAAGAUCACCGGUUUGCUUGA